AUGAGGGUGCAAUGUCCAGAGAACCCAUGUGAGGUCUCCAUCAUCAAUUUCCAAGAUGCACAUAGCUUGGAAGAAGAGGUUGAAAGCUUGAAGUGCCUUGUAGAUUCAAUCAACGGCAGAUCAUGUGAGGUCGAAUCGCAAUUCUGGGACUACUGUGAUGCAAAAGAACAGGAAUCACUGUUGCAGAAGCUGAAGCUCGAGUGUCUGGGUUUGAAGCUCGAGUGCCUGGAAGCCCAGAAUCAGAGGCUUGAGGCCACCAUUUCCAAACAACAAGGAGCUCUUGAAAGCCUCGAGUCUAUGAGAACAGAGCUCAAAUGUCUAUGGUGGAAGGCCAAAAAGUUGUCCAAACUAAAUAGGCUUCAUUUGCAUGAAGCUCGUCGGCAGGCUCUGAUUCUGGAUUCUCGAGAUGCCGAGUUAUCAAAGAUCAAUGAGGAGCUGAAAGGAGUAAAAGAUAUAGCUGAUCAACUACUGAAGGGAAAGAAAGUCUUAGAUUCAAGGAUGGAUUCAUUUACGGCAAAUUAUCAAUCUGCAUCAGAGGUUAGUAUUUCAGCCCGCCCCUCAUUUGAGUACAUUAUAAUGCUUGUUGUAGCGACUGAAUAG